AUGCGUGGGUCCCGGGGCAGGGGGAAUCGGGGCGGGUCCCGUUCCAAGGACCCCGGGGGAGGUUCGGGGGCCGCCCCCUGUCCCCGCAGGUGUCCGGGCCCCGCCCUGCCCGCAGGUGCCACCGCCCCGGGGGCGGGCACGGCGAGUCCGAGCCGCCCGCUCCGCCCCGGCCCCGGCCCCGGCCCCGGCGCCUCCUCCGCCGGCUCCGCCCGCACGGCCAGCGGUGUGGACGCCAACCUCGGGCUCCUCAGCAGUGGGGCUUCACCGUGCCCUUGCUGCUGUUCUGGGCAGAAUUCCUGGGGAAAGUUGGGAAAUCUGUGGAAUGGGAAUGUUCCCUGGUGUGGUCCCACCCAGGCCAUCCCCACAGCAGUGGUUCACCUGGAGGAAACUCAUCUCAGGGGUGGGCUGAGCCCCAUUCCCUCACUUUUUGUCUUUUAUUUGUCUUUUAUGGCACUGGACUACCCCAGGAAGGAGGAAAUUUCAAUUUCUGCAGCGCUCAGUGAGAGCCAUAUUAUUCUUCUGCUUAAUCCUCCAGAUCCUGGGCUGCAGCCAGAGGAAAUCUGGACCAUCCUAUGGAAAAGAGAGUUGGAAGUACCCAGGGAGCAGAGGCCUGAGGGCUGCGGGUUUCCCUGUGCAGUGAUGCUCGAGACCGGAGCCUUGCGGCGUGCGCUGGCCGCGGCCGUCCUCCCCUUCCUCAUCCUCUCAGGACACUGGGCUGCAGCUGAGAACAUCAACUUCCACAACAUCAGGCCUCCACUAGACCCCACUCCAUUCCCAAACAGUUUCAAGUGCUUCACCUGUGACAACGCAGUGGACAACUACAACUGCAACCGAUGGGCUGAGGACAGGUGGUGUCCUGAAAGCACGCGGUACUGCCUGACCGCGCACCUGUUCACGGCGCACGGGGAGAGCACCUCGGUCACCAAGCGAUGCGCCACGGGCGAGGAGUGUCACCUGGUGGGCUGCCACCGCCGCGGGGACAGCGGCCACACGGAGUGUGUUUCGUGCUGCGAGGGCAUGAUCUGCAACGUGGAGAUCCCCACCAACGCCACCAACGCGGUGUUCGCCGUGCUGCAGGCGCGCAGGGCGGCCGCGGGCAGCCGCGCCCUGCCCAGCCUGGGGACACUGCUGGCACUGGUGGCACCGCUGGUGACAAUGGCACUGUCCUGA